AGAUCAGCACCUUGGACAGCGGCGCCUGGUCAAUAAUAAAGCAGCCCCAGCUCCUUCCCUGCCCAGCUGCUGGGAGCACGGGGAGAGGCACAUCGGAGACGAAUGGAUGACAAGAGAAAAAUAGCGACUUGUUUACAGGAUGACAGUCUAUUUUUUCUACCCAUUCCGGAAGUAGCUGCUGCGUUGGUUCAAUCUCCAAGCCGACCAUUUCGAGGAGGAAAAUCAGCGCCAGCAGUAUCAUCACCACCAUCUAUCUGAUCCAAUAAUCAAUGCCAUUACUGCUGUGUAAUUGCUCUCGGAUGCGAAGACAUCUUCAUGCGUCUUCCCCUCUUUCUCUCUAAUUAGAAAAAUCGCAGGGUGCCUUUAUUAUUCUGCCUCUCUUUGACAUUUUAGCGUUGCCUACCGUCUUUUUUGGCUUGCAAUGAAAUGCUGAUGGACAUCGAGCUAAGAUGGGAAACAUGGGGCUUUCGGGUGUUUUGUGUUCCAGCUAGGCUACUGAAAAUGCAAAUCAAAAGGAUUGUGUUUUUGAUCUCGACGUGGAUCAUCGGGGUGAGUGGCACGGAUUCUUCGUGGAUCAACCAGAGGCUUUACAGGAAAAAGGAGAUGAAAUAGAAAAAGGGGGGAAAGGGACCAUGAUCUGACGCUCGGGAUGCUACAUUAAGGGACAAUAAAAACAGACAUUAUAAUCACGUCCAAAAUCAAACUUCCAUUUCGUCUUUUUUCGCACCAUUUUUUUUGGAUUAUGAUUCUUGACAAGAGUCUCAGAUGUGACUGUAUGGAUGGCAUGUCGUUGUAUUUUACAUCCCAUCUUAUAUUUCCUGGCUCUGUGUUGCUUUCUCUUCCACUCGUCCACUCUCUCGCAGUCUUCUGCUUUGGGUAGCAAAACAUGUAGGCUAUUUUUGCUGCAAGCCCAGUGCAUCUGAAGAUGUGUCUUUUAGAUCAGCAGUGAAGAAAAAAAAAUGCACUGUGGAAAUCGAAAAGCGUAUAAGUUGUAAUGUUUUCUGGGCUGCGGUGGAAGAUGCAUCUAGACAGCAUUUGCUGAGUUGUUUGAGUAAUGAAUAUUGAAAGAGUGUGUCGACCAGCUGAAAGGGAAAAUCUUUCAUCCGCAUUGGGUUAGACACACAUGCCAUCAGUGGGGCGAGAUCCUUUAUAUCUGGGCUCUGGCUUUGCGAUUAAUAGUUGUGGAAGAGUAAAAAUGAGCAAAUCAGAUGUGUGAAUAAUAAUAAUAAUAAUAAUAAUAAUAAUAAUAGUAAUAAUAAUAAUAAUAAUAAUAAUAGAGGGAGAGGAGAAAAGACAAAAACACUUCUACUUAUUUCAGUCUGGCGAUUCUUUAUGUAGCCAAACAUGUUCAAGUAUCGGAUCCGCAUGUUUUUUAAUGAACUGAAAGUCCUGGUGUUUAUGCGAUCCGAUUCGAGACAGUCCAGCUCAGACACAGAUAGACGGUCCACCACCAUGCGAGGUCUGGGGAUGGGCGGCUGCGGUUGGCCGCCUUUCGUCGACUGCCAUUCCCGGGAUGAUGAGGAGGAGUACUACGGCAGCGACCCGCGGCCCCGGAGCCUGGCGUUUGAGGAUAAGGAGCCCAAGCUGCAAGUGGGCCUGGACGCCGUGUCUCUGGCCAGCACCGCCAGCAGCCUGCGGACCCCCCAGUGUCGGAUCUGUUUCCAAGGCCCAGAGCAGGGUGAGCUGUUGAGCCCCUGUCGAUGCGACGGCUCAGUGCGUUGCACACAUCAGCCCUGUCUCAUCCGCUGGAUCAGCGAGAGGGGCUCAUGGAGCUGUGAGCUCUGCUACUUCAAGUACCAGGUCCUGGCCAUCAGCACCAAAAACCCUCUGCAGUGGCAGGCCAUCUCUCUGACAGUGAUAGAGAAGGUGCAGAUAGCGGCCAUUAUUCUGGGCUCCCUCUUCCUCAUCGCCAGCAUCUCCUGGCUCAUCUGGUCCUCCCUCAGCCCCUCGGCCAAGUGGCAACGUCAGGACCUGCUCUUCCAAAUCUGCUACGGCAUGUACGGCUUCAUGGAUAUCGUCUGCAUAGGCCUUAUCAUCCACGAGGGAUCGUCGGUGUAUCGAAUCUUCAAACGAUGGCAGGCUGUCAAUCAGCAAUGGAAAGUACUGAACUAUGAGAAAUCAAAAGACUUGGGUGACCCGGUGAGUUCGAGCAGCAAGACGGGGGCUCGCGGCUCUCGCAGUAACCCGCACGGUCUGGCCAGCAGCAGCGGUGGACGACAAAGCAGGAGGUUAAGAACUAUUCUGAACCACCACUGUGGAUACACCAUCUUACACAUCCUCAGUCAGCUGCGGCCCAACGACCCACGGAUCAGCGCCGCCGCCAACCGGGAGGUGGUGAUGAGGGUCACCACCGUAUGAGCCGGACUAGGUUUGUGUGAUGGGACCUGGUCUUUGUGUCACGAUGUAAAUGAGCGACGGACCUCGUAUUAAACACUAAAGACUCACGUAGGCAAAGAAGCCCAGUGAGGAGCAGAGUGAUGCCCGGAGCAUCAACAGACACCACACACUUGAGGAUUUCUGCUCUUGUUUCUUACAACAAAAGGAAGCCAGAUGCUCCUUUUCAAUAAUUAAGGAACUGAUGAAAACAAGACAGAAAAAGCAUUAAAAGACAUCAAACAUUAAAUUUGAGAUGGAAAAAAGUGUAAACAGGCUUUAUAACCUACUCCAAGAUGAGAAGAUGUUUUUUCCAGUUCAAUAUCAGGAUGCACAGAGACAUUUUUGUUUGAUUUUAAUUCUCUUGAUUUGUUUCGGUUUGUUUUGUUUUGUUUUUUACUCACUUUGAUUUUGUACGGAUGUAUGAUUUUAGAGGAAAUCACGUAACUCCAUACAAGCCAAGCAUUUUCAGACAACUAUGUAUAAUGAUGUUAAAAUUUCUACAAGCUAACCAAUGCUGGGUAAUAGACCGAAAACUGAAAAUGACACCGCGAACAAACGUGAGGGGAAACAUGGAGGUGACAACAGAACAAUAAGUCAUUACAAGUGAAAGAAAAGAAAAAAAAAAAACAAGACAAAAAAGAAAUCAGUAAGAUUUCAGUGACACUUUUCUGCAAUAAAGAUACGUAUGUACAUUUCACAGGGAAUUUUUGCAUGGGUAUAUAAUUUUAUUCUUCAUCACAUAACAUAAGCACAUGACAAAUUUGCUCUCUUUCGAAUGGUGCUUGCCAAAAAUAAACACUUUGAGACAUAUGAUUUCAUUGCACCAACUUUUUGUCACCAUGACAAAUGGCAGUGUGUUACAGCUAUUUCAGCUAAAAUACAUAUUGUUGCUGCUGUGUGCUGACUCAGAUUUGAUAAUAAGUAAACUAUUGGAUUAAAAAUGGGGAUCCAAUGAUCUCUUAAUACUCAGUCUCACUCAGUCUCUUUUUUACUCUUCGUUUCAGCUUAAAGAAUUCAGUCUGAUUGAGUUAAUUGCUAUUUUCUGGUGUGAAAAUGUUGUGGGGUAAAACUGUUGUUAUUUUAAUGAAGGUUUUAUGUUCAUUUGCACAAAAGAAAUGACAGAUUCUAAUGAACUAGAGCUGCUAUGA